GAUUAUAAUGCGACGAUCGAAUUCUACUGGGCACCAUUUCUUCUCGAAUCCAACUCCGAUGAUGCUGCCGUGCAUAGAAUAUCCGACAGACUAGUUCGUAAAGGGUCUAUUAACAAGCAUGGACGCCAUUGGAAAGGAGUCGACAUUAUGGUGUUCAAUACCUAUCUUUGGUGGAUGACAGGCGUGAAGUUUAAAAUCUUGCAAGGGUCGUUUCAUGAUGAAGUGAAAGACAUUGUGGAAGUAUCAACGGAGGAUGCUUAUCGAAUGGGAAUGAAGAGUAUGUUGAGAUGGGUAAAGAAGAAUAUGGAUCGGAAGAAGACAAGAGUCUUCUUCACUAGCAUGUCGCCUUCCCAUCAAAAGAGCAUAGACUGGGGUGGCAAUCCAGGCGAAAACUGUUACAACCAGACAACAAUGAUAGAAGAUCCCACAUACUGGGGAUCCGAUACUCGGAAAAGCAUAAUGCAGGUGAUUGGAGAAGAGUUCAGCAAAACAAAGGUGCCCAUUGCAUUUCUCAACAUCACACAGCUCUCAAGCUAUCGCAAGGAUGCCCACACAGCAAUCUACAAGAAACAGUGGAGUCCAUUGACCCCCGAGCAGAUCGCGAACCCAGUCAGCUAUGCUGAUUGUGUGCAUUGGUGUUUGCCAGGGCUUCAGGAUACUUGGAAUGAGCUUUUAUUUGCCAAGCUUUUUUAUCCUUGAUUUUCAUGGUACAUGAAUGUUGAAGCCUGUUCUAAUCUACAGUUUUAGUUCUUUUCAGAUGGCCUGGGGAUUGUUGGAGCAUCAGAGCAGCAAAUU